CUUCUUAAAUGUCAAAAGAAUCUUCAGAUUUACACCGAAGCCAAUUCUCAGUGCGACCUCUGGCAUUCCGUUUCAACCCCUCAAAUUGUCCCCCGGAUUACAAACAGAAGAAAGACUGUGUCGCUCUUACCCCGCCAUGACUGAUUUAGGAAGGAGCAGGACAGCCUCCUUCCAUUCGCGAUCCAGUCGCACGGGGAGCCCUCAACUCCACCAAACCCUUUCGGGUCGCCACAUGGAUGACAACACCGUCUAUCACGAUCGCGUCAAUCACGCAACGCACCAGGACCAACACAACACCAAUCAGGACUCCACAGAGGUGGAGAAAGACAGCAAUGCUCAUGACGAUGGGGAGGAAACCUCAUUACCGUCAGACUCAUCUGACGACGAAACCGUCGAUGAAGUUCGUGAUGGCAUUAGGGAUGAAAGAGAUGUGGAAGCUGGACCAAAGAGCCUGGAGAAGAAGGCGACGUCGAAAUCAGACAAGGAUCGAGAUCCGAACUUGGUGACUUGGGAUGGACCAAAUGACCCUUCCAACCCCAAGAACUGGACGAUUAAAAAGAAAUGGGCCGCUACUUUUGUUGUUUCCUCUUUUACUUUUAUAACGCCCCUUUCAUCAUCCAUGGUAGCUCCCUCGUUACCAAGCAUUGCCAAGGAUUUUGGCAUCACCAAUGAGGUAGAAUCACAAUUAGUAUUGUCCAUCUUUGUGCUGGCGCUGGCCGUUGGCCCCCUGUUCAUGGGCCCCUUGUCAGAGAUCUACGGCAGGGUUCCGGUUCUGCAGCUAAGCAACUUAUUCUAUCUGAUCUGGAACCUUGUUUGCGGUUUCGCCCAAAACAAGGGUGAAAUGAUCGCUUUUCGCUUUCUCAGUGGCCUUGGUGGAAGUGCGCCAUUAGCUAUUGGUGGUGGAAUCCUUAGUGAUUGCUGGCACCCCGAGCAGAGAGGCAAAUCUAUUAGCAUUUACAGCUUAAUGCCGCUGCUUGGACCUGCGUUGGGACCUCUCAUUGGCGGCUUCAUUACGGAAAAGACUACCUGGCGAUGGUCUUUCUGGGCCGUGUCCAUUGCUGAUGCUUUUAUUCAAUGUGCCGGCCUUAUCUUCUUAAAAGAGACUUAUGCUCCGAAGUUGCUCAAGCUUAAGGCUGACCGCCUGAAGAAGGAGACCGGCAACCAGGCUUUCCAUACCGAGUAUGAUGUUCCUGGCCGGACCAUUGGCAGCUUGUUGCGCACCUCGCUCGUGCGUCCGUUUCGACUCUUGGGUACGCAGCCUAUUAUCCAGGCUCUUGCUGUUUACCAAGCCUAUCUCUACGGAAUCAUGUACCUUGUGCUGUCGACGUUUCCAACCCUUUGGGAAAAUCGCUAUCAUGAAUCCGUUGGCAAUGGCGGAUUGAAUUAUAUAGCCAUCGGUCUGGGUUUCUUUACCGGCACCCAAGUAUGUGCCCCUCUCAAUGACCGCAUAUACCGCCGCCUGCGACAACGAAACAAUGGCGUGGGAAGGCCCGAAUUCCGUGUUCCCCUGAUGUUUGUUGGCGCUGCGUUCAUGCCCAUUGGGCUCUUCUGGUACGGCUGGUCCGCCCAAGCCCGGACUCACUGGAUCGUGCCCGAUAUUGGCAUUUUUGUCUUUUCUGCAGGCAUCAUUGUCGGCUUCCAGUGCACGCAGACAUAUGUGGUCGACUCGUAUACGCGAUUCGCUGCCUCUGCGGUGGGUGCUACUACCGUCUUGCGUUGCAUUGCUGGGUUCGGGUUCCCUCUUUUUGCGCCGUACAUGUACGCUGCUCUCGAUUAUGGCUGGGGCAAUAGCCUGCUUGCCUUUAUUGCCCUCGGGCUCGGUGUUCCUGCGCCGUUUAUGCUCUGGAAGUAUGGCGCCUCUCUGAGAGCAAAGAGCACAUUUGCAGCUGGCGGCGGAUGAUUACUUUUGGAUACCCCUUUUCCUACAUCUCUUCCCUUUCAUUACAUCUUUUCUCAUAUCCUUUUAAUAUCUCUUAUCAUUUUCUCUUCGCUGUAGAUGGUUUUCUACAUGCCAUUGACGCACGGCAUACUUGGCAUUUGCAUAAUGAUCCUCUUGCAUUUGGAUACCGGCAUUUACACAGACGAUGCAUUGGUUCGGAGUUGAGGGUGGCUUGUUUGUUCAUAUAGAUGGCAUCUUAAUAGAUUGAUGAAAUCAAAAUUAAAACCCUAAU